CACGGAAACUGAAACGCCUCCGCCUCCAUCCGCUCCUUCCGCGACUCCGCGUCCACGACGACAACUACGAGCACACACCACGACGCCACUUCGUGCGGCGACUGCGGCGGCGGGAGGAGGAUGAAGCGGAGCGCCAUGGACCUGCGCCAGGAGCAGCCACCUCGCUACAAGAUCCAGGUCAAGAUGGUGAAAACGGUGGCGCUUGAUGUGAGGUCCACUGAUACCGUUGAUCAGAUCAAGUCUAACAUAAGUGCCAUAGAGGGGAUUGACAAGAGCCAGCAAGUGCUCUUUUUUGGUGGAAAUCAGUUGGAGAACAACAACAGGCUCGCUGAUUACAACAUCAUGACAAACUCUUCUGUCGACCUCUAUGUAACCGACGGGAUGCAAAUAUCUGUCAGUAUCCCCUCGGUUGGAAAGACAAUCAAGCUCAAUUUGAAGAAAUCCCAGAGUGUUGCUGAUGUCAAGUCAGAGAUCGAACAGAUGGUGGGAAUUCCUCUGGAUGAACAAAUCCUGAUGUAUGGAUGCAAACAGCUUGAGGACAACAAGUUGUUCAGUCAGUGUGGUUUGAGCAAUGGCCACACCCUGCAUGUUCUGGUCCGCCCAACUGACAAGCUGCGUAUAUCUGUCAAUGUUGAUGGUGAAAGAACUAUGAAUCUGGAUGUCAAAAGCUGGUAUACUGUUGCUGAUGUCAAGUUGAUGAUUGAGACCUUUGAGGGUUUACCUGCACGCUCACAGAUACUAAUGCGAACUCAACCUGGCGGUGCUGAAACACUGGAAGACACUGAAACGCUGCAAAAUCAGCACAUCAGGAACAAUGACACCCUCGUGCUACAUCAGAAUAUCCAAUUCUUCGUCAAGACAUAUGAAGGGAAGUCGUUAAUGUUGUCUAUGAGGACGUGUGACACGACGGACAAAGUCAUGGAGAAGGUUGAAGCAAAGCUGCUGAUGAAGGCAGGUGUCUACUACUUGCGCUACAGGGGGCAUGUUAUGUGUCCUGGGGAUACUCUUCAGAAGCACAAGGUCGAGACCAAUUCCACUGUCGAUGUCCGCCUUCGGAAUUCAAAUGAAUGUAGUAUCCAAGCAUGCCAAAACAAAACACACUAGGGAGCUAGCUGCUACCUUCUUCGGGCGAGGUCAAGGAGCAAACUUAGUUGCGUAGCCUCACAGAGGACUAUAUGUCUAUAUUGCUUCACCAUUUUGCGGUUAGCUGGAUGCUUGUGAUUUUUCGUUGGGUAAGGUCCUAUGUCGUCUGUCUGGUAGGCGUGCGGUUAAGUGGAUCCUUGCUUGUGAGUCUUGGUUGGGUAAGGUCUUCUGUCGUCUGUCCGGUGGAUGUGCUUCUGCAUCGUCUCAGGAACAAUGGCUUGUUUGCCGCUCAAGGAGAAGAUGCAAUUCUGUUAUGGUUUUUCUCAUUAUCA